AUGAAAGCGACUACAUCUGCUCAAAUCAUGGCUGCUUGCUCACGUGGACUACGAUUGUUUUGGUCAGAUAUUGCUGAUAUUAUUAAUGUAUUAAAAGUCGAUAUCCAUCAUCAAGAAUCAUUUAUGACUGAAGUAGCAUCAUCAAACUUUAUUUCAUCAAAAAUUGACAUCAUAACAUCGAUUGCAAUAUCAUCGAAACUUGCAUACCAGCUUACAAGACUAUCACGUUGA